GCGCGCGGACGGUCAGAAAUGGACGACACCGACUUCUCGCUCUUCGGGCAGAAGAACAAGCACAAGAAGGACAAGGCGGAUGCCACCCAGAUCGCCCAGACGCCCACCUCGGAGCUGGACCUCAAGAGGAUCAUAAUCUCGCGCCCCACCAACGAGGAUACAUACGAGAAUUGCGCGCGGGCGGGCAUUGCGCUGAUCCUGAACCACAAGGAUGUCAAGGGACAGAAGCAGCGCGUGGGCACCGAACGGGAUCGCGAUGACAUGGAGGCGACGCUGCAGGGAUUCGGAUUCGAUGUACGCACCUUCGACGAUCUGACCUUCUCCGAGAUCAACGACACGCUCAAAGAGGUUGCUCGCGAGGAUCACAGUCAAAACGACUGCUUUGUGUUGGCGGUGAUGUCACACGGCACCGAAGGCAAGGUCUACGCGAAGGACAUGGCAUAUCCUGUGGAGCGCCUGUGGAAUCCCUUCCUCGGCGACAACUGCAAGACACUCAAGAACAAACCGAAACUCUUCUUCAUCCAGGCCUGUCGCGGUGCCAACCUGGAAAAGGCCGUGGAGUUCUCCAGCUUCGCGGUGAUGACCAGGGAACUGGUCCCGGAACCCGCUGCCGCCGUUCAACCCAUCACCUAUGCCAUUCCCAGCACGGCGGACAUGCUCGUCUUCUACUCCACCUUCGACAAAUUCUUCUCAUUCCGAAACGUUGACGAUGGCUCCUGGUUCAUCCAGAGCCUGUGCCGCGUCCUCGACCAGGCCGCCGCCAACGAAGCUGCCACGCCGGAUGGCGUCGAGCUGCUCCGCCUGCUGACCGCAGUGAAUCGGAAGGUGGCCUACGAGUACCAGUCGAAUACGAAGAACGAGGCCCUCAACCAGAUGAAGGAAAUGCCCAACUUUAUGUCGACGCUGACCAAAACGUUCCAGCUGCGUGUUAAGCCCAAGACCUGAGAUCCGGUCACGGAAUCAGCGACAAUCCAAUCGGGACUGUGAGUCAGUCCGCGGGUCAAGAACGAGGGACGCCACAACUCUUUCAUUUAAUCGUAAUGUUUGCAAUUUGUUAAUAGAAAUACAUAUCGAUGGCACUUA